UAUCUUUCAAACCAAAGAAGAUCAAUGGAGAGAUCAUUAAAGAAAAUUAAAAAAAAAAAACUUAGUACGUUUAAAUACGAUGCAGAUGCAACGCGGAGCGAUGAAAGCGUAUUGAAUUUUAUACCAUACGAUAUUCUUAGACUUAUUUUCCAAUACUUAAAUGGCAAGGACCUCGCGAGCGUUGCAAUGGUUUGCAGAUCUUGGUUAGAAGCUGCGAAUAAUGAGAAAUUAACAAGAGGUCCUUGCAUUAUAAUAAAGCCUUAUAAUAAAUUUUAUAGUUUCAAACGUUCACUCGAGAAUCUGAGAAUUAAAUCAUCAAUCUGUUUUUGUUUUCUUGAUAGAAGACUCUAUUAUAAAAAAGGAAAACCUUAUCAACAAGUAGCAAGAGCCCGUAUUACACCCACUUUGCAAACUGGGGGCUAUGAGACUAUGUAUUAUGAUUGUACAUUUAUUGUUGCUGAUAAAGAGAUGAGUCGGCAUCCAAUUUCAAACAUAGCAUGCAUGUUUUUGCCACAAAUUCCAAAUGUCGGAAUAAAAUCGUUUCAAUUGAAGUCACUUUAUUGGGAAACAAUCGCAUAUCGGGAGAUGAUGAAUACAAUUGUUAAAUCUAUGCCAAGUCACGAAAUAUCUACAUGUUUUUUAAUAUUCUGUGAUUAUUUGGUCUAUAGAGAAGCAUUUUGGCAAUUAGCCAUACAAAAAAGAAAACAUUAA